GUUUUGAAGUUUGUACUGUACCACACUGUACUUUGAACUCGCACAAAAUUCAAAUUUUAUUACGCUAGAGUUGAUAUGAGUUGUGAAAUUUAAAUGAUCGUGUCGUUUGUUAACAAUAUUAAAAACUGUGAUAUCGACAUCAAGUAAACGAAAUUAAUUCCGUGGCUUUUGGCGUUGACCCAAGAUACAAGGAAUAAAUAUUAUAUUAAUGCUGUAAGUUUCGUAAGGGACUCAUUUUCUCUUAUCUACAAUUCUUUAUAACUGAUAAUACCGCUGCAGCUACUUUUGUGAUAUCGGUCAUUGUUGACUUGUGCGUUGUAAAGGUGUGAAGUCGAUAAGCAUCGUAGUGUGACAUUAAGGUUAUUUCAAAAUCAUGAUACUGAAAGGCAAAUUAUUGAAGGCGCUAAUUUUGGGUGCUCCAGCAUCGGGAAAAGGCACUAUUUCAUCUCGUAUUGUAAAAAAAUACAACAUUGCACAUGUGUCCAGUGGAGACAAAUUGAGAGAACAUAUAGAGCAACAGACAGACUUGGGGAAAGAAGUGAAGAAAUAUUUAAAUGAGGGAAAACUAGUUCCAGACGAUUUAAUAAUAAAGUUUAUGAUAACUGAACUGAAAAAAGUUGAAACUAAGCCAUGGUUGUUAGAUGGCUUCCCGAGAACGGUUGCACAGGCGAACGCUUUAUGGAAAACUCAACCCGUCGAUGUAGUGCUCAACCUGGUGGUGCCGUUUGAUGUGAUAAUUGACAGGGUCAAAAACCGCUGGGUGCAUUUGCCUUCAGGAAGAGUCUACAAUAUCGGGUUCAAUACACCAAAACAAUCCGGCAAAGAUGAUAUCACAAAUGAAGACUUAGUUCAACGUCCUGAUGACAGGCCAGAGGCAGUGAGAAAACGUCUCGAAAUAUAUGAUAGUAUUACUCGCCCUGUUAUUGAUUUUUAUAAAGAAAAGGGAAUCCUUAAAGAAUUUGAAGGACGAACUUCUGAUGAAAUCUGGCCAAAGGUAGUGGCCUAUUUGGAUCCCAUAUUUAACAAGAAGUAGUACUCUACAGGACUAGAAGAUAGCUUUAAUAAUUGGUGCUAGAAUUUUUUAAAAGUUUUGUAAAGUAUGUUUAAGUAGAACUGGGGGCCGAUUUUUGAAAUUCGAGCGCUCGAUUUCGUCACUCGAAAAUCGGUGAAAAACAGCUAAAUGCUAAUUCUUGAAAUACGAGCGAUAGAAAUUGGGAAUCGAGUGGUAUUGACCACUCGUUUUCAAUUCUAUUAGUAGAAUUUAAUUGCCGGGUACUGGAAAUAUUAUUGAACGAAAUACACAAAAUCGAGCGGUCGAAAUUAAAAAAUCGGCCCCCUGGGCCCAUUGUUGUUGUUUGUAAUUAAAGAGAAGCCAUUAUCAUUUAGAUUUAGAUGAAAUUAAAACCAUAUCUGCUAAUUUGAUAUGAUUAGUUGACAUAAUGACUUAGGUACAUUAGAUUAGUAAAGACUGCUCUAGCUAAUGUAAUAUUGUUUGUGGAAGUAUAAUGUAAAAUAAAAUCAUGUAUGUAUAAAUAUUAUAAACUUAAUACAUAAUUUAAGUUGUAUAAAACAGCAAGCAAGUAUAACAAUUCUCAAAUCGGUCUUCCACUUUUGUAAUUAAUUAUAGUCAAUAUACAUGUGUACUUAUAUUUUAUUUAAUAGUUUUAGACAGCAUAAGUAUUUUAAUACUCGUAUUUUGCAGAGAUUUUCAUCAAUGUUUACUUUUAAGCAUUCAUGGCAGUAGGUAUACAAAUAAUAUGUUUAUUAAUUAGUUGUUAAAGUCAUAGUCAAUGUAACCAAAUCGUCUUUGACAUUUUUAUUUUUAUCAUGAUUAUAUUGCUGUUGAGUGUGAA